AUGUCGCGUUUGUCCGCAUUGAAUCCGACGCGUAGGCGACAAGUGGUUGCUGCAAUUAGCGCUUUUAUGAAUCUGAUUGUGAUAUAUGCUGUUAUUAGAUUGAACAAUCUGCUGAUGAAGAAGUCGGUUCCUAUUCCUAACAACUGUACCAGCAGUAGGUGGAAGCAUUUUAAGAAGUGCCUAGGGGCCCUAGAUGGAACCCAUAUUCAAGUUCGUCCGUUGACUGAGGACAAACCUAGAUACCUGUUUCUAUUAAUAUACUGUCUUGCUGGUUGGGAGGGUAGUGCUCAUGACAGUAGGGUGCUUCAGGAUGCUCUCACUAGACCAAAUGGCCUUGUUGUGCCUGAAGGAAAUUACUAUCUAUGUGAUGUCGGGUAUGCGAACAGCCCUGGAUUUUUGACCCCAUAUAGGGGUCAAAGAUACCAUCUCAAAGAUUGGGGUAACAGGCAAUCUGAAACAGCUGAGGAGUAUUACAACAUAAAACAUUCAUCUGCUAGGAAUGUAGUAGAGCGCAUUUUCGGAGUUCUGAAGAUGAGAUUUGCCAUUUUGAGAAAUGCAACAUGGUUCACUCCAGAGCAAGUGUCCCGAAUAGUUAUAGCUUGUUGUAUAAUACAUAAUUUUAUCAAGAAGGAAUAUGGGGUUGAUGAGAUUGAAAGAAAUUACCAGGACGAAGAGCCCGAACAGAUUCCUUCAAUCGAUGUGGAGACCAUUGAUGGUAGUAGCAUGCAACCGUGCGCACAAUGGACCCAGUUUUGCAAUGAAAAGGCCACUACUAUGUGGGCAAAUAGAUAG